CAGGGGCGCUGGAGGGCGCUCGGCUGACAGUGGAGGCUCAGACCCCGGCAGACUCGCGGAGAGAUGAGAGCAGCGUCCUGAGCCCUGCACAUGGCGGUCCCCACCAUGUAUGAGUCGGGGCUUUUCUCUCCGGAGCCGUCGAGCCCCGGCCCGUAUUACGGUGAGUUCUCGGACGCCUACUACCAGGAGGAUCGGUGGCAGAAGCUUCGCACGGCCGUCAGGAAGCUGGAAUUUUGGGAGAGUUUCACGGCGGAGCCAAUAGGAAGUGGAUUCUUCUCUAAAGUGUAUAAAGUGACUCACGGCGCCGGCUCCAAGAGCAUGGUGGUGAAGAUCUAUAAAAACGAGGUGGACGAGGAGGGGAUCGUCCGAGAAAUCUCCCUCCUGCAGAAGCUGUCCCAUCCCAACAUUGUCAGGUAUCUGGGAAUAUGUGUGAAAGACGAGAAACUGUAUCCAAUUCUGGAGUACGUGAAUGGCGGCUGCUUAGAGGAGCUCCUGGCCUGUAAAGAAGUCCACCUGAGCUGGAAAGAGAAGGUGGAGCUGUCGUGUGACAUCAGUCGGGGGAUGGUCUAUCUGCACUCCAAAAAUAUCUAUCACCGUGACCUGAACUCCAAGAAUUGUCUUAUAAGAGUGACCUCACGUGGGAGAGAAGCACUUGUGACGGAUUUUGGUCUGGCCCGAGAGGUGGUGGAGCCGCCACUGAAGAAUGGAGAAAGGAAGUUGUCCCUUGUGGGAUCUGCCUUCUGGAUGGCCCCUGAAAUGUUACGUGGGGAACCGUAUGACCGAAAGGUUGACGUCUUCUCUUUUGGAAUUGUGCUUUGUGAAAUACUCGGUCGAAUUCCUGCCGACCCUGAGAUUCUGCCCAGGACUCGGGACUUUGGUUUGGACGUAGUCGGAUUUCAGGCCUUGGUGAGGGACUGUCCGCCUCCGGUGCUGGAUGUCGCUGCCAGCUGCUGUCGGCUCGAAGCAUUUAAGCGACCGUCAUUCUGCGAGAUUCUGGAUACCCUGGAGGAUGUGGCGGAAACACUGGACUCCCCGACAGAGCUGCCGGACUCCUCCUGAGCGCCGCGGGUGUCGGCUGUAAAUACUGUACAGACGUCAGGGCCAUGGAAAGAAUCCAGAUAUUUAUUGAACUGUUUUGUAUGUUUGGGGGAGAGAUUCCUGGAUGGUCACAUGACCCCAUAAUGGCGGCCAUCGGGCUCCUGCUGGGGGGGGAUUUCACUUUAAAUAAAUGUUGCCUUGUUAUAAUA